AGUCAUGUCUGAGCCACAGAGAUGGGCAAGAUCGAGAGCAACGAGAGGGUGAUCCUCAAUGUCGGGGGCACCCGUCACGAAACCUACCGCAGCACCCUCAAGACCUUGCCUGGGACGCGCCUGGCCUUGCUGGCUGCUUCUGAGUCCCAGGGGGAUUGCUUGACGGCGGCGGGAGACCAGCUACAGCCGUCGCCACAUCCUCUCUCGCCUCAGCCGCGGGUGCCUCGGUUGCCCCCGGGACCUAGAGACUGUUUCGAAGGCGGCGCCGGCAACUGUAGCCCCCGCAGCAGCGGCGGUGACCACCGGAUCGGUGGCCGCGAGUUCUUCUUCGACCGACACCCGGGAGUCUUUGCCUAUGUGCUCAACUACUACCGCACCGGUAAGCUGCACUGCCCAGCCGACGUGUGCGGCCCGCUCUUCGAGGAGGAGCUGGCCUUCUGGGGCAUCGACGAGACCGAUGUGGAGCCCUGCUGCUGGAUGACCUACAGGCAGCACCGCGACGCUGAGGAGGCGCUUGACAUCUUUGAGACCCCCGACCUUAUUGGUGGCGAUCCGGGCGACGACGAGGACUUGUCGGCUAAGAGGCUAGGCAUAGAGGAUGCAGCGGGGCUGGGAGGACCCGAAGGCAAGGCUGGUCGAUGGAGGAGGUUGCAGCCCCGUAUGUGGGCCCUCUUUGAGGACCCCUACUCUUCCAGAGCCGCCAGGUUUAUUGCUUUUGCUUCUUUAUUCUUCAUCUUGGUUUCAAUUACAACCUUCUGUCUGGAAACACAUGAAGCUUUCAAUAUUGUUAGAAACAAGACAGAACCAGUCAUCAAUGGCACAAGUGUCGUUCUACAGUACGAAAUCGAAACAGAUCCUGCCUUGACGUAUGUAGAAGGAGUAUGUGUGGUGUGGUUUACUUUUGAAUUUUUAGUUCGUAUUGUUUUUUCCCCCAAUAAACUUGAAUUCAUCAAAAAUCUCUUGAAUAUUAUUGACUUUGUGGCCAUCCUACCCUUCUACUUAGAGGUGGGACUCAGUGGGCUCUCAUCCAAAGCUGCUAAAGAUGUGCUUGGUUUCCUUAGGGUGGUAAGAUUUGUGAGGAUCCUGAGAAUCUUCAAGCUCACCCGCCAUUUUGUAGGCCUGAGGGUGCUUGGACACACUCUUCGAGCUAGUACUAAUGAAUUUUUGCUGCUGAUAAUCUUUUUGGCUCUUGGAGUUUUGAUAUUUGCUACUAUGAUCUACUAUGCUGAGAGAGUAGGAGCUCAACCCAACGAUCCUUCAGCUAGCGAGCACACGCAGUUCAAAAACAUUCCCAUUGGGUUCUGGUGGGCUGUAGUGACCAUGACUACCCUGGGCUAUGGGGAUAUGUAUCCCCAAACUUGGUCAGGGAUGCUGGUGGGAGCCCUGUGUGCUCUGGCCGGAGUGCUAACUAUAGCCAUGCCAGUUCCCGUGAUUGUGAACAACUUUGGAAUGUACUACUCCUUGGCAAUGGCGAAGCAGAAACUUCCAAGAAAAAGAAAGAAGCACAUUCCUCCUGCCCCUCAGGCCAGCUCACCUCCAUUUUGCAAGACAGAAUUGAAUAUGGCCUGCAAUAGUACACAGAGUGACAUAUGUCUAGGCAAAGACAAUCUGCUUCUGGAACAUAACAGAUCAGUGUUAUCAGGUGACGACAGUACAGGAAGUGAGCCGCCAUUAUCACCCCCAGAACGGCUCCCCAUCAGACGCUCUAGUACCAGAGACAAAAACAGAAGAGGGGAAACAUGUUUCCUACUAACAACAGGUGACUACACGUGUGCUUCCGAUGGAGGGAUCAGGAAAGUGUUGUACAAAAUUUAUCAUGGAUUUUUGACUGCUGAAAAAGGGACAGUGGAAUUUAGCCAUACCGAGGACUAUACUGGAAACAGACAUCUGCUGUUUAAUGUGUCCUAAUGUGAUCUGGUUGUACUUGGAAGAGGUCCCAUGUCUUAAGAAGUAUUUAAACUGUAGCUGGAACUCAUCUGGUGCUCCCAGUAUAAGUGAUCAACUUGUGGAAUAGCCAGUGUCCAUGAAACAACUGUAAAUACCACCAUGCAUGGGUCAACUUCUCUGACCAUUUCACAUCAAAGAAAGCCAAAUUCAUGGUCAACAUCUCUGAAGCUUCGAGUAAGACCUGCACCUCUGUGAAUUACUCCUUAUGGGCCUGUAGUAGGUUGUGUUGUGAAUUGUACAAGGCAGAAAUAUUGAUGUAGUAUAGGUCUGUCUUAACUUUUCUUAUUUUUGUUAGUUGGAUACAUGAACAUUGAUGGUAUCAUUUCCUUAUAUAUCAUUUAUGUUAUCAAGUUGUCAGUUAUGUGUGACAUUUUAGUGUCUAAUCAUCAAACUGACCUAUUUUUGGUCAUUGUUGUUUAGUUCUGGAAAAAUUAUUAUAGUUAAAAAAAAAUCCCUGCCAUUAUUCAUGGUUUUGUCAUUGUUACCUCAAUUAUAAAUAUUACAAAAAGAAAAUUCUGGCAGUGAAAAUAUUUUUUUAUUAAAUGAUUAAGAAGCAAAGUCAGUGUAUAGUAGAAUAUUAUAUCCUUAAAUGUAUAUUUUGCAUAAAAAAAGAUAUAUUCUUCCAUCAAUUACUUUUUUGUGAAUUUUGUGGUACUUGUACUUGUCUUUUAAACUGUUGUGGUUUGAAACUGUUAUAUCAAUUCUUCACCAUGCUUAAUCAGUAUUUCCAGAUUUUGUUAGCUCCCCUGGAAUUCAGAAUAUAACAGAUAACCUAAUUAUGAGCCCCUGUCAUUGUGGACCUUUUGUGAACCUUUCAAGGUGCAUGUACAACCUUGGUGAUAACUAAUAGAAAUGUAACGAAUUGAAAUGAUGAAUAAAAGGCAAAUGAGCUGGGGAUAAACUUGAAUUCUGAUUAAAUUAUUC